UUUUUUAGUUUUCCAACUUGGUAGGAAAUUUCGUUUUGGAAAAAAACGAAAGAUAAGUAAUGGGUUCCCUACUUUGUAGCGCUAGCUGUUGAAUGUUGAACAUCUCUAGCUGCCAAAAAUAGUCCAACUAUUCAACCAAAGCAUUUUACCUUCUUCUGUAAAAGAGUUUCGCUGAAAAUGGCUGAAGCUGCGCUCAGUUGUGUUGGUGUAAUCUUGAAUAAGAUACUUCCACUUGCUGCCGACGAGAUCAGCCGGGUAUGGGGUGUAAAGAAAGACCUUCAGAAGCUUGCGAAGAAAGUAGAGAUGAUGGAAGCUUUGAUUUUUGAUGCUAAGUGCAAGCAAUCAACAAGCAAAGCCGUGCAGCUCUGGCUCAAAAGGCUCCAGUCCAUAGCACGUGAUGCUGAGAUCGUGUUGGAUGACUUCGGAUAUGAAGUUCUGCGGCAGAAGGUUGAGAAUCGGAAGCGCGACAAGGUACGCAAUUUCUUUUCUUCCUCAAAUCCUAUUUUCUUUCGUACAGAGAUGGCUAACAAGAUCAAGAAUGUUAGCGCAUCUCUAGAGGAAGCUUACACAGAAGCAAAUCAGAUAGGGCUUUAUCCAGCUCAACUACCCAUGCCAUCUGCUGAUCAAAAAGAGGAUCGGUCGACUGAUCCUUUUGUGGACGAGUCAGAAACGGUGGGAAGGGAGGUUGAGGUAUCUCAAGUUGUAAGCAUGUUAAUUAGCUCAGACUAUAAGAAGGAUUUACCUGUCAUCUCAAUAGUUGGGAUGGGUGGCCAGGGUAAAACAACCCUUGCACAGAUGGUGCUAAAAAAUGACAGUGUAAUGAAGCACUUUGAUAAAAAAAUAUGGGUAUGCGUGUCUGAUGAUUUCAAAGUGAAAAGGCUGUUGAAUGAGAUGCUGCAAUCCCUUGAGAGAAAAAGUGCUGACACAACAAACACGGAAGCAUUGGUGAGGAAGCUUGAAGAAAAUCUGAAAGGAAAAAGUUACUUGCUUGUACUUGAUGAUAUUUGGAAUGAGAAUCGAGAGAAAUGGGAUGGCAUGAGGAGACGUUUGUUGGCAAUUGGGGGUGCUCCGGGAAGCAAAAUAUUGGCUACCACACGUAGUGAUGAGGUAGCCUCAGCAAUGCAAACAUCUGGUUUGCAUCCUCUAGGCAUCCUCUCAGAUGAUCAUAGCUGGAUGUUGCUUGAAAAACUAGCAUUUGCAAACGGUGGUGCAAGAAAGACUCAAGAUUUGGUGGACAUUGGCAGAAGGAUACUGAAAAAGUGUGGCGGCGUGCCAUUAGCAAUCAAAGUGAUUGGGGGUUUGUUGUAUUCCAAAAAGGAUGCCUCGGAAUGGUUGAAGCUUGAGAAGAGUGAAAUAUGGAACGAGUCAACCAACACUGAAGGUGGAGUCAUGUCUGUCCUGAAGCUGAGUUACGAGAACUUACCUUCAUUGUCAGUGAAACAAUGCUUUGCAAGUUGUUCCAUUUUCCCGAAGGACACUGGCAUGGAAAAAAAAAGCUUGAUACAGAUUUGGAUGGCCCAGGGAUUGAUUAAUGAUGCCAAGGGGAGGAGGUCAUUUGCAAAUGGAGGAUGUAGGCAGCGACUGCUUCAACGUAUUGCUUCGGAGUUCUUUGUUGCAAGCUAUUCCUGAGUAUUCUAGUAAAGAAAUCAACUACUGCCGGAUGCACGACCUUGUGCAUGAUCUUUCACUGCGAGUGUCAAAUAAUUGUUUCUUAAAUACAGAGAAUGGCAUGGUGGUCAGUCAUAAUGAUGAAGUUGUGCAUUUGACCGUUGUUCUGAGUCGAGGAAAGAUGUUAAAGAAUAUCGAAGGGAUUCCUCCAAAUUUGCAAACGCUUUAUUAUAUUGGGGAUGAUGGUAUUAUGCUCGAAGACAUCUUGGAAAGGUCUAAAUACCUUUCUGUAUUAAAAGUAGACUGCUGGGAUGUUACUCAUCUCCCCAAUGCAGUGGGUAAUAUGAAACAUUUAAGACAUCUUGAUAUGAGUCAAACUCGAAUCGCCGCUCUGCCAGAUUCGAUCACAAAGCUCUACAAUUUGAUGACUUUGAAAGUAAGUCGCUUGAAAGAGAUACCUAAGAAGUUUAGCAAUUUAAUUAACUUGAGGCAUCUCGAGUUUUCCACGAUUUUUUCGGGUCGGCCCUCAUAUUUGAUCCCUGGGAUUGGGCAGCUGGCUAAUCUUCGGACGUUGCCCUACUUCGUGGUAAGCCAAGACAAGGGAUGUCAGCUUGAGGAGCUGGAACACUUGCGCAACCUCCGAGGCGAGCUAAAAAUUUUUGGACUUGAGAAUGUGAGCAGCUUUGAAUCGGCAGCAAAAGCAAAGUUGUCCGAAAAAUCAAGCAUUCAAAGUUUAACACUUUCAUGGGAUGACACAAAUGAAGAUUGCGACGACAACAAUAUCAACAGUGUCAUGGAAGGUCUCCAACCUCACCCAGACUUGAAAAGUUUAGCCAUUAAUGGUUUCAAAGGUUCAAGGUUUCCGUCAUGGAUGGUGGCAAAGGAUCACUUGAUGGUACUCCUAAGGAAUCUGGUACACCUCAGGUUGGAGAAAUUGGGUAAGUGUGAACAAGUACCAUCACUAGGGGACUUGCCUUGUCUCGAGUCCUUAGACAUGGUCUCCUUACACAAUGUGAAGCGCAUUGGGGCAGAAUUCUAUGGUCUCCUUACACAUCUCGAUAUUAAUGCAAGGAGCAGCGCUUCUUGUAGUAGCAGCACCAGUAGCAGAGAGGUGAAACCAGUCACUCUGUUUCCAAAACUAAGGCGUUUUGGGCUGCGGAACAUGAAAAGGCUAGAGGAGUGGUCAGAUGCAAUGGUUCCCUCGGAUUCUUCUUCAUCAAUUAAGGUAUUCCCUAGUCUCCGGUACUUGGAAAUCGAAGGGCUCCCCAAGUUGGCUUUUUUACCAGAUAUGGAGAACUUGACAUCUCUUGAGGUGUUACGGAUAGAGAGAUGCGGAAGUUUUGCUUGUAUAAGGAAUUUGAAUAGCCUUAUAUCUCUCGAAUUCUUAUAUUUAGAUGACUGCCCUGCUUUAUUAGGUGCUUCUCUGGAUAUGAAAAACCCCCAAUCCCUACGUGCUCUACGCAUCUCAGGAUGUGAUAAGUUGAAUCCUUCAUUGAGUAAUAAUCUUGAGAAGUUCACAUCGCUCGAGCGGUUGAAGAUCGUUUCUAAUGACCCUGGUUCUUGGCCAAUUAUGGUUCUACACCAUCUAGCCAACCUCAGAUCGUUGGAACUCGGUGGCUUCUCUGACAUUCUUGACCUUGAUCAUUUCCCGUGGCCACACUCCAUCACCAAUCUCGUCUCUCUGGAGUUUCUUCGGUUGCGUGGAUGGCCAAAAAUCACGUCUCUCCCAGACCAAAUUCAGCAUCUCUCUACCUUGAGGACGUUAGAGAUACGGGACUUUGAGGGGUUGGAAGUUCUUCCAGAGUGGAUGGGUAGCCUUCGGAAUCUUCGAGAAUUGUUGAUUGGUGUCCUCUUUUAGCAGAGAGAUGCACCAAAGGAAGUGGCGCAGAGUGGCCCAAGAUUGCACAUAUUCCCGAUGCUUAUAUCUAUCCGUUGAACAAUGUUUGACUCGUUAACUGCUUCAUUGCUCCAACAAAUCCAUAUACGGUGUCAAAUUGCCACAUCAAAACAAAUCCUUUUAUGCACAGAGCCAAAUUGACAUUAAAUUGCCCAAUCACAUAAAGCCUCUGGUUUUACCACCAAGAAAAGAUUAUAUAUGAGAUUUGAGGGGAAGAUGGAAAUAUGAUGAAAAUGAAGAAAGAAAGGAGGAUGAAGAGUAACAGUGGGAAGGUCAAAUUGCUGCUAUUCUUUUCGUCUCCUUGUAGUUUUGUAAUGUGUUUUUUUUUUUUUUUAAAUUUGGUCGGUAAUCGCCAUUACCCAAAAAGUUUUGGGUCUUUGAUAGUGAUUGUUUCAUACCCUUAGAAGCACCAUCUAUGGGUACGAGACACUUUUUAAAAUUUUAAUAGCCAUUGAAGAGAGCGGGGAGGGGGUAAACCCUCCAACCAAACGCCUGGUAAGAGUUUUGACCUGCACCUUUAUGAACGACUCGUAAAUUAAUUUAGCUGCGGUCACUUAGCUUGAUUUUGUUCUACUAUUUUUCCUUUUUCCUGAUUCAGCAAAUGACUGCCUUUUUCUUGAGCAGCAAAUGGUGCCUGUUAUGCUGCAGGGACUAGGACCAAAGUAUUUCCACGAGGACAGACACCUGAGUUACAGUUUUACAGUGUCAUAUGCAAGCAGACAACUGUGUGUGUUGGAAAUUGGAAUGGGAAUCAGCAUGCGUCCAAUGAUGAGUCCACAUGCGGGAAUCGACAAUGGUGCAGCAGUGAGGAAAAGAGUUGCAAAGCGGUGAGCUGAGACCACAUUCUAAUGUUUGGGGGAUUUUGAUGAAUCCUGUUCUAUGUUGAACAGCAGCAUAUAAAGGGAUUGUUUGUUGACUCAGUACCUCGCAGUGUGUAUCUUUCUUUAUUGCUGUUUACAUGUUUCUCAAUGUCCCAACUCUAUUGUAAGGUGAAACUAUAUAAUGUAUUCAAUGGGAUUUCUGGAUAGGAUAGAUUCUAUCUAAUAGCAAACCAAUAAUAGCCUUCA